AUGAGUCCAGAAGAGAAGAAGAAGCUAACAGCUGUGCUCCUCUUGGAAAAACUGAAGAAGAAGCGUGUCAGGGUUGAUGGGAAACGAACAAAUCUUUACAAGCUGGGAAAGGACAUUGUGAGGGAGCAGCAGAUAGAGGAGGUAGGAGGGCGGGAGCCGCAGAUCCGCGACCGGCCAAGGGGAGAGGUGAAUGACAGCAUUCCUGGCGAGAAGCUGCGGCCGGGAGCCUACAAAAUGCAGCUGCGCCCUGAGGAACAAGCUGCGCUUCCCCUGGAUCUUUUAGCAAGGGGGAGCCACUUCAGCCCACACCCCAUCGUUGGCUACCUAUUCGGCGGCCGCCGUGACUUUGCCUUCGGGAUCUAUGCGCGGGCAGACGAGGCCUGCAAGCUGCUUAAGGGCAAGUGGGGCGGGCUGCCGAGGGAUGACGUCAUCUUCAGGCAGGACUUCUACGAGGACCUGCUGGACAAUGCGCACAAGCUGGAGCUGACAUUCAUGGCGCAGCCGGUGCGGCCGCUGCCGCUGCGAGCUCUGCGAGACGACUUCAUCAACCGCAUCUCCCUCGGCAUGCGGCAGGUGCCUGGAAAGCCGCUCCUCAUAACGCAGGAGCCGCCCCCAGAGGAGGACCUAGGGCAGCUACAGAGUCUCAGGAACUCCUUCACAGAGGAGGAGCUGAGUCACACUGGGUUGGUCGACAAAAAGGGCAACCUUGUGCCGGACUCCCACUUCAUCUUCACGGCGCUGCCAAAUGCAAACUUCAUGGCUGAGAUGAUAACGCCUGGGAGGCUGAAGGACCGGAAGUCCUUCAUGGCGGGCCCGUUCAAGAGCAGACGUCUGACGCGCGCCGCCUUCUCCACGCUGCUGGGCCCAUUCUCCUUUGACUCCCAGGCCAAGGCGCAGGCCGGCCAGGCCGCCGUAUAUGUCAUCAACGGCUUCAAGCUGGGCUGGGACCCUGAGAACCCAAACCAGGUGUUUGCUGACGAGGACAACAAGCCGGUGUUCCCCGAGCCUGAGGUGGAAGUCAUCGCCCCGGUCACGCAGAGCUUUGCGUGCGAGGGCGGCAGCCCUCUGCUGCUGCGCAAUAUUGAGCGCAGGCGGGAGAUCAGCUCGUCAACAUAG